AUGGAGACUCGUAACACCAAAAUAAGAGCGGUGAAUCUGGGAGGCUGGCUUGUCACGGAAGGAUGGAUCAAGCCUUCCCUCUUUGAUGCAAUCCCCAACAAGGACUUCUUGGAUGGGACUAGCCUUCAGUUGAAGUCGAUGAUGGUCGGGAAGUAUCUCUGUGCCGAGUCUGGAGGAGGAAGCCGGGUAGUUGCCAACGCAGGUUCCGCUUCACAUUGGGAGACAUUCAGGCUUUGGAGAAUCAACGAGACGCUCUUCAACUUCAGGGUUGCCAACAAGCAAUUCGUCGGCCUGGACUCUGGUGGGGACGGGGUCGAUCUGGUGGCUAGUAGUGAUUUACCCGAGAGACCAGAAACCUUUGAGAUUGUGAGAAACCCAGAUGAUCCAAGCCGUGUCAGAAUCCGAGCUGCCAAUGGCUUCUUCUUGCGGGUGAGGACAGAGGAACGGGUAACGGCAGAUUAUCAAUGUGACAAGAGCAAUGAGUGGGGAGAUGAAAAUCCCUCUGUGUUUGUGAUGAGCUUCACUAAAAGAUUGGAGGGUGAGUUCCAACUCACAAAUGGUCUUGGACCACAAAAAGCCGCUAAAGUCAUGAGGGAUCAUUGGAGGACGUUCAUAGUGGAAGAUGAUUUCAAAUUCAUAGCCGAAAAUGGAUUGGACGCUGUCAAAAUUCCGAUAGGUUGGUGGAUAGCAAGCGACCCAAAUCCUCCGCCACCUUACGUUGGUGGUUCGUUGGCCUUUUUGGACAAUGCCUUCUCCUGGGCAGAGAAGUAUGGGUUGAAGGUCAUAAUUGACCUGCGCGCAGCACCUGGUUCCCAAAAUGGCUGGGAACGGAGCUCAUCAAGAGAUGGGUUCCGAGAAUGGGGAGACACAGAUGACACCAUCCUAGCAACCCUCCAUGUCAUAGAAUUCCUUACGUUCCGAUACGGCAAGAGCCCCAGCCUCUAUGCGGUCGACCUUCUGAACGAGCCACUCGCAGAGACGCUUCCUCAAGAGAUUGUCAGCAAGUUCUACAUCGCUGGUUACAAAGCUGUCCGCAAGCACUCCGCUGCUUAUGUGAUCAUGUCGUGCAUGCUGGAAACCUCCAGCGGGGAGCUACUGCUCCCCGACGCAAAUAGCCUGGACAGGACAGUUGUGGAUAUGCAAUGCUAUUUUCUGUGCGACACAGAAUUGGACACCAUCCAAGAUACCCUUCCUUUCUUUUACGAAGGCUGGUUUGCCCAAUUGGAAAGUCUUGCUACAUCAAAUGGACCUCUCAUUUUUGUGGGUGAAUGGGUAGCGGAGUGGGGACCGAAUGGAGCAACAGAAGAGGAGAACCAAGAGUAUGUGGAGGCUCAACUGAAAGCAUACGAAAGAGCCACGUUUGGAUGGGCGUAUUGGACUCUCAAGUGCGCAGAAGAUCAUUGGAGCUUGGAAUGGAUGAUCAAGAAUGGGUACUUUAAGCUUUAGAUAUUACCUAUAUAUAUAUAUAUAUAAGUCCAUGCACUUUUUAAUAUAUUGUAAGUUGUAAGCUCUUAUUAUCUUUCAUCAAGUAAACUUUUAGCCAUCUUUGAAUGAAAAAGCUGUCUAGGCAAGCUUUAAGGCACAUGCGACACACCUUAUAGCCCUUAUAGCAUCCGUGAAGAUUUUUAGUUAGGUAGUGGUAAUCAUGAGACUCUCAUGACUUAUAAUAGAUUUAUUUUACUAUAACAUAGUUGCAAAAAUCUAUU